GGAAACAUCAAAUCAUUUACUUGGUUUCCGAAGGCCCUUCACUGAUUUUUCCUUCUAUAAAAGAAGACCACAGUGAUCAAGAGAGAACCACCACUGAAAAUUCCUUAACAUAGUAAAUUAGCAAAGAAUUGAGAACCAAAGUUGUGAUAUGGCACAAGUGAAGUUGCUAGGUUUUUGGUAUAGUCCAUUUACUCACAGAGUUAAGUGGGCUCUAAAGGUAAAGGGCGUGAAAUAUGAAUACAUAGAAGAAGAUCGAGCUAACAAGAGCUCUCUACUUCUUCAAUCCAAUCCUAUUCAUAAAAAAGUCCCUGUUCUCAUUCACAAUGGAAAACCCAUUGUUGAGUCUAUGGUCAUUCUUGAAUACAUUGAUGAGACAUUUGGAGGUCCUUCCAUUUUGCCUAAAGACCCUUAUGAUCGAGCUUUAGCUCGUUUCUGGGCUAAGUUCCUUGACGACAAGGUGACUGCAGUACCGAAUAUUUUCCGUCGCAAAGGGGAGGAGCAAGAGAAAGCUAAAGAGGAAGUACGUGAGAUGUUUAAAGUUCUUGACAAUGAGCUCAAGGAUAAGAAGUUUUUUGUGGGUGACAAAUUUGGGUUUGCUGAUAUUGCUGCAAAUUUGGUAGCAUUUUGGCUAGGAGUUUUUCAAGAAACCUCUGGAGUUGUUUUAGUGACAAGUGAAAAAUUUCCAAAUUUUUGUAAGUGGAGAGGUGAGUACAUUAACUGCAGCCAAAUCAAGGAAUCUCUACCUCCUCGAGAUGAGUUGCUUGCUUUUUACCGAGCUCUUUCUCAAGCUGCAUCAGCUUCUGCGUCCGCUCCCAAAUGAAUACAUUCUCAAUAUCCAUCUUAUGAAGUUUCGAGAUUUUGUGUCAAAAUAAAAUUGCGAUACGUAUGCAAAAAAAAUUUAAAUAUAUGUUUAUAUAAGAUUAAGCUUCUUCAACAUUAAUGACUCUAGAUUCUGCAUUCUCUUGAUCCUAAUAAAACUACUUGUUAGAUAAAGCUAGCUUAGUCCCAACUAGUUACAUACAGGAAGUGUCUCGAGUUACUGUUUUAAUUUGUUUGUUGGUCCGU